AUGGAUAAGAAAAGAGUGGCGGUUCCACUUGUGUGCCAUGGUCAUUCUCGCCCUGUUGUGGAUUUGUUUUACAGUCCAAUCACUCCAGAUGGCUUCUUCCUCAUCAGUGCGAGCAAGGAUUCUAGUCCCAUGCUUAGAAAUGGAGAGACUGGUGAUUGGAUUGGAACGUUUGAAGGGCAUAAGGGUGCAGUGUGGAGUUGCUGUUUGGACACUAAUGCUUUACGGGCUGCUUCUGGUUCUGCUGACUUUACUGCGAAAGUGUGGGAUGCAUUAACUGGGGAUGAACUGCAUUCAUUUGAACACAAACACAUUGUUCGAGCUUGUAGAAAAAUAAAAUGGGACAAAAAUUUUACUAUUUUUAAAACUUCGAAUGAAUGA